ACAAACUACAUUUCCAUAUCUGUUUUGUUCAGCAGCAGAUUGCCAAAUGGCAUUGAGCACCCAAAGAGACUCUGCCUUUCUUCCUUCAACUCAUCAGUCUGCUCCUCAACCGAACCACGAUGUGUUUUUGAGUUUCAGGGGUGAGGACACUCGACUUAGCUUUGUAUCCCAUUUAUACCACGAAUUGCAGCUCAGGGGCAUUAAAACAUUCAAGGAUGAUCCAAAGCUUGAAAGAGGGACAGCUAUUUCUUCAGGGCUCUUCAACGCAAUCCAAGAAUCAAGGCUUGCAAUCGUUGUUCUCUCGCCAAAAUAUGCUUCUUCUACCUGGUGUUUGGAUGAACUUACAGAGAUUCUCCAAUGCAUGAAAUCCAAGGGCACAAUUCUGCCAGUGUUUUAUAACGUGGAUCCCUCCAAUGUGAGAAAACAAAGUGGCAGUUUUGUGGACGCCUUCGCUGAGCAUGAGAAAAGGUUUAGGGAAGACAUCGAUAAGGUGAAGCGCUGGAGAGAUGCUUUAACAGAAGUAGCCAAUUUAUCUGGGAUAGAUUCAAAGAAUGAGUGUGAAAGAAAGCUUAUUGAAAAGAUUGUUGAAUGGGUGUGGAGUAAAAUGCAUCGCACAUUCAAAUUGUUAGAUUCCACAGAGUUAGUGGGAAUUAAGUUUACACUUGGGGACAUAGAUUGGCUAUUAGCUCCUACGGAUGAUGUUCGCUUUAUAGGGAUAUGGGGGAUGGGCGGCAUUGGCAAGACGACCAUUGCUAAGCUAGUUUAUGAGAGCAUUUCUAUUCAUUUUGAAGUUAGCUGCUUUCUUGCUAAUGUUAGAGCGGUUUCUGAACAUGGGAAUCUUGUUAAUCUACAAAGACAGCUUCUUUUCCCGAUCUUGAAGGAACAAAUUACUCAAGUUUGGGAUGAACAGUGGGGGACCUAUUUCAUUAAGAAUUGCUUAUCUAAUAAAAAGGUUCUUCUCAUUCUUGAUGAUGUGAGUGAAUCAAGCCAACUUGAAAAGUUGGCUGGUGAAAAGGAUUGGUUUGGUAAGGGGAGUAUAAUCAUAAUUACAACUAGAGAUGAACGGUUGCUAGUUAAGCAUGAUAUGCAGGUAUCAUAUCAGGUAGAGGGAUUAAGUGAUGAUGAUGCUCUUGGACUCUUUAGUCGGAAUGCCUUUAAAAAAAAUGAGCCUGACGAAGGUUUCUUGGAAUUGUCCAAGGGUUUUGUAAAUUAUGCUAGAGGCCUUCCACUAGCUCUUAAACUUUUGGGAUGCUUAAUGUAUAAGAGAGAUGAAGAUGAAUGGGAAAGUGAAUUGGAUAAGCUGCGGAAAAUUCCUAAGUCAGAAAUUAUUGAUUUGUUCAAAAUAAGUUAUGAUGGACUAGAUGAGAUGAACAAGAAUAUAUUUCUUGAUGUUGCAUGUUUACAUAAGGGGAGGGACAAGCGGCAAGUGAUUGAAAUACUAGAGAGUUGUGGCCUAUGUGGUUGUGUUGGGAUAAAUGAUCUCGUUCGGAAAUCACUCUUAACUAUAUCAAAUGGGAAUGUUGAGAUGCAUGAUUUGAUACAAGAAAUGGCAUUGGAAAUUGUUCGUCGAGAGUGUCCUAAAGAGCCUGGUAGACGAAGUCGAUUGUGCAAUUAUGAUGAUAUCUCUCAUGUAUUCAUAAAAAAUACGGCAACGGACAAAAUUAGAGGCAUUAGCUUACACACGUCGACAGUUGAAAAGACAAAUUGGAAUUGUAAAGCUUUCUCUAAGAUGAGUAACCUGGAAUUUCUUGAAUUUGAUAAUAUGAUGAUUUCUACAAGCCCCAGAUUUCUUCCUAAUUCCUUGAGAAGUAUCAAAUGGAGUUUGUAUCCUUCCAAAUUUCUCCCAUCAGGCUUUCAACCGAAGUCCCUUAUUUCACUUGAGAUGCCUGAUAGCAAACUUGUUCAGCUUUGGGAUGGAAGAAAGGACUUGCCGAACUUGAAAUACAUGAACCUCGGUUCCUCUGAAAGGUUGACCACAACCCCAGAUUUCAGUGGCAUGCCGAAUCUUGAGGUGUUGAAUUUUGAAAUUUGUGAUAAUUUGGUUGCAAUUCACCCGUCAGUUGCAGAUCUCAAAUGUCUUAAAUGGUUGUCUUUUCAUUUUUGUCGAAAAUUGAAAAAGAUUCCAGAAUUUUCAGGGCAAAUGAAAAUUUUGUCAACCAUUAAUUUACAGCAGACGUCAGUUGAGAAAUUACCUUCAUCAAUAGGAUGUCUAGUUGGCCUUAGCGGUCUGAUGUUAUCGGAUUGCAAAAAUCUCGUGGGUCUUCCGAGUGAAAUUUGUAAUUUGAAGUCUCUUAAAUACAUGUGGGUGAAAGGAUGCUCAAAAAUUGACAAACUCCCAGAGAAGUUGGGGGAGAUGGAUUGUUUACAGGUGCUUCAAUUGCACGGAACUUCUAUAAGACAGCUGCCACGUUCCGUUGUUGGUUUGAAAAAACUUUACAGUCUAUCUUUGGGUGGAUGUGAAUCAAGGUUACCAUCUAGGCUUUUGUGUUGCCUCCCCCUCUCAUAUGAAAGAAAGGCUUUUGUGUUGGCUUCGCUUGAUGGUUUAUUCUCUUUGAAAUAUUUGGAUCUGAGUAAUUGUGGUGUUUGUGAAGGGGAUCUUCCCAGUGAUAUUGGUUGCUUGUCCUCUUUAGUAGAAUUAAAGCUUAGUAGAAACAAUUUUGUUAGCCUUCCUGCAAGCAUUGGAUGUCUUUCUAAGCUUGAGUUAUUUUGGGUGAAUGGGUGCCAAAGUCUUGAACAAUUGCCAGAUAUUUCUAAGCUUAUCUCAUUGGUGGAUAUAGACAUAGCCAAUUGCACUUCCUUAAAAAUGUUACCACAUCUUUCGUCAAAUUGCUCAUUAGUACAAUUUAAUUGUGGCAAUUGCUUUGUAUUGGUUGACAAUGAAGGCUGCGAUAGUAUAAUACUGAAAAUGCUACAGCGAUACCUUCAGGUAAUCCCUAGGCCUCCAUACAAAUUCGAAAUUGUAACUCCUGGAAGGAAAAUUCCAGAGUGGUUUAGUAAUCAAAGUUUGGGAGAUUCCCUAACUGUGGAGCUACCUACCAUGUGGAUGGGAAUUGCUUUAUGUGCUGUGUUUGAAGUUCAGGCUCAUCUUUCUGAUUUUCAUUAUUUUCAAAUUAGCUGUUCCGCACAAGGAAUGCGGCCACAUGGAGUAUUUUCAAAAUAUUUUAAAAUAGGCGAUGUUGUGUCAGAUCACCUUUGGGUAAUUUAUGUAUCUCGUAAACAAUUUGAGAAGAUAUGCGGUCAGAUAAAGGUUUUCUUUACAACUUAUUAUUCUCAAGACAUAACGUGGGGAGACAAAAAAUCUUGUGUGAAGAAGUGUGGGUUUCGUUUGGUGCACGAGCAAGAUGUGGAACAACUCAACCAGAUCACGAUGAAAAAAUCCGUCAUCAAGAGCACUACUACUUGUCCUACCAAAUCAGCUGAUGCACAAGGUCAACAACGCCACGAUGACGAGGAGGCUAGUCCUAGUGGAAGUGGUAGCUCUCACCAAAAAUCUCUCUUCUGCAAUGCCUAUGCUCUUUUCGAAGAGGCAGACCAAGAUGAAUUAAAUGAUGAUGAUGAUGAUAAUGUUGUUGACGAAGGUCGGCCCAGAAAAAGAAAAAAGAUCGAUGUGUUUGGGAUUGACCUAUGAUUCGUCACUUUGAAAGCAAGAGGCAUCACAACUGCUGCAUUUCAAUUCAAUUACAUAAUAACAAGACUACUGCUGUUGAAGUCAGCCAAUUGUGUCAUGCAGUCAACCAAAAUUUGGGGUCCUGAUGCCAUGGCCGGUACUGGGCACAAUGCUAAUGUGCAACUUGAACUGAUCGAAAGUCGUUGUGUGCUAUUGCCUAGGAUGGAAUAGGCCAACAAGAAUUCUCAAUCAGGCGCGUAAACAUUUGCAUUGAAUCGAUCUAAAACCGACCAAUUGCUUUGUCGGAACUCCUCCCCUGUUUGCUUCAUUGAUCAUCUCUUUGAUAGUUUGUGCAAUCUCUUUCAAUUAUGCAGUCUUCUCUUAUUUAGCAUCUCUCAAUUUUAAAUUAUUCAACAUACUGGAAUUUUGAGAGGUUCAUUUACAUCAGAAUAUGUUGAGCAGAAUUUGGGAGAGCUAGUUCUAUUUUGAAUAAAACUACAGUAACUUUUUAUUUGGAGAUUGGUAAUUUAUGAAGGAGAAGGUGUUUAUCUAGCCAGAAUGUACACACAUUUCCACAAAAAACAGAGGAUAUAGUAUUUAUAUUAAU